CUUGGAGUCCAGACCAUGGCAUUGAAACUCAGAGCAUCUCCUCACUGCUCCUCAGCUGAACUCACAUCUCCUUCCAACAUGUCCUACAGCUGCUGCUCUGGAAACUUCUCCUCCCCCUCCUUUGGGGGAUACCUGCGCUACCCCAGCUCCUCCUGUGGCUCAUCCCACCCCAGCAACCUGGUCUACCGCACUGACGUCUGCUCUCCCAGCACCUGCCAGGUGGGCUCCUCCCUCCACAGUGGCUGUCAGGAGACCUGCUGUAAGCCCACCAGCUGCCAGACAUCUUGUGUGGUGUCCAGACCUUGCCUGACGUCCUGCUACCGCCCAAGGACCUCCAAGAUCUGCAGUCCCUGCCAGACGACUUGCUCUGGGUCUCUGGGUUUGGGGUCCAGCAGCUGCCGUUCCCUGGGCUAUGGAUCCAGAAGCUGCCACCCGACCUCGUUGGCUUCUAGGCGUUUCCAGUCUUGUUACAGGCCAACCUAUAUUUCAGCUUUCUGUAAAUCAACUUGUUGAGUUUCCAGACCCUUUGAGUAAAAUUUUUCAGCCUCUACUUAGAGCUGCUACCAUAGAGUUUCUCAGGCAUGUUAGCUAAAGGCUCUUAUCACCAGCUCUUCACCCUUUGUCUGGCAUCAAAUACCAGCUGAUAGAUUACGUCCUUCAGACAGUGAAAUUAAUGAAUGACCACAAUAUUAAGUGUGUGCCUACAAUUUUAAAAAAUUGGCUCAGAACUACAUAGAUUUUUCUUGCAAAAUGUAUGGAGGUCCAGUUUUGUUUGACCUAAUAAAUUCAUUCACUGUUGAAUCUGA